UCAUCUUCAUCUUCAUCUUCUUCUAGGUCUCUUUUAGGCCAUUUAUGGCACCUUUCAUUGAUAGAGAGAAGUUAUAUCUCAGCCUUGGUUUAUCUCUCUCCACCUCCACCUCCACCUCCACCUCUACCCCCACAAAGCUUUCAAUGCCCCCCAUGAUCAACAAGAGAACGGAAGUGGAGAAAACAAGGAAGAGAUCAAACCCUAAUAACCCUAAUCCUAGUUACUUUGGUUUGGCUAGUCUUCCUGUUUUUCCAGUCCAGUAUGUUCCAGCGAUUGAUGGUUAUGGGUUCCCAUGUAUGGUUCCAUUCCCGGUUGGACUUGUUCCUCAUCUUCCACUUAUGCAGUUCUCUGCUCCAAAUGACACUGGGGUUAAAAGAUCUUAUUCAUGGCCUUCAUCAGAGUCUUAUUCUGAUUCCCAUGAUCAAGGAGGAGGGAGUAGCAGCAGCAGUAACAAAGACUCAAACCAGAGUAUUGAAAGAAAGAAACAAAAGCUACAAGCAGUGGAAGGAUCAAUGAAACUCCCACAAGUGCCAUCAGAGAAUAGCAUUUCAACCAAGACUAAUGAGUCCAUAAAUGUUAAGCUUGAUAAUAAUAAUAAUGGUAGUAGUAAUAACAAUGAUGAAGAAUUAAUGGCAUUAGUCUCCACCAGGGGUGAUGGUCCUAAUGGGACCAGAACCAUAUAUGGGUACUUGAAGAGGUCAUGCAAGAGAUCUGAUGGUUCAGUUAUUAGCAUUGAGUGCGGUUGCCAUGGAACCUCAUUUUCACCUGCUGAGUUUGUAAGGCACGCUGGAGGCACAGAGACGGCAAACCCAUUGAGGAGCAUUGUGGUUAGUUCUAGGCGUUCAAGAUGGUAAUGAAAAUGGUCAUAUCAUAUGCUGUUAUGUUUUUCUUUUUAGGUUGUCAUGUAUCUUCUUUGUAUGGUCUGCAUGUUGGCCUUGAUAUGUGUGUGUGAAAGUGUGUGAGAACCAUUUUAUGUGUACUUUGUUCUUUUAUUAAUUAAAUUUUCUUC